AUGGACAAGGAAGAUAAACAACAGCAACAGUCUCCAGCCGCGCCUUCUUCCCCUAAUAACACCGAACAAAAUAAAGACAAAGCACAAGGGAAAGUUCAAGCAAAUGGUCAGCAAGAGAUAAGCGAACAGCAACCAGAUGAGAAAUCAAAUACUACUUAUGAAAUUGCCACUUCUUUUACCACGUUGAACCAUGGAACAACCAGUGUUGUUGACCCUGUAAGUGUUUUUUAUUUUUUUCCUUCUUUUGGUAUUUUGAUUUGCCCUUAUUCAAAUUCUCCCAGUAGUAAUUUUAACGCUACUACUGUCACAUAUACUGCACAACAGUAUGGCUUGAUUAUCCCACCUGGUAGUCAUCCAUUUGUCAUUACCCCGACAACUCCUCCCGCACAAGCAAAUGCUGCUUCUGCCAAUGCUUCACCCAACGCGGCGACCGAAGAUCAAGAAGAACCACUUUAUGUUAACGCUAAACAAUAUCAUCGAAUCUUGAAGCGAAGAGCAGCUCGCGCGAAACUAGAGGCUGAAAAUAAAAUUGCUCGAGGACGUAAGAAAUACCUUCACGAGUCUCGUCAUAAACAUGCUAUGCGAAGACCACGUGGACCCGGAGGUAGAUUCUUGACUGCCGCGGAGAUUCAAGAGAUGGAUCGAAAAAAGAAAGACGAGAUGUCUGGUGGAAAAUGGUGUCAAGAAAGAGAUUCAUAA